AUGGGCCAUGUACUAUCGGCCAUUGGCCAGGCACAGGUAUUGAUGGAUGCCGGACACGAUUGUUGGCUGGGUGUCAGUGAUCAAUGGUCGGACAUACUUGGCCAGUACGGUAUCAAACAGUGUCCAUUGUGGUCAUUGCCACCCGUGCUAAAUGAUAGCAACCAUGAUAACAAUUAUUCAAUGAAAACAAUCUACCAAGAUGCUAUUCAAAAAUUACAAUUGGGUAUAAUUGGUAGCCAAUUAAAACCGUUUGAUAAGUUAGUUAAUUAUUUUAAAAAUCUAAAUAAAAAAUGGCCAAUUGCCGAACCUAUAUUGGAGGCCAAUGUUGAUCUAGCAAUACGUUUAGUACGUCCCGAUGUUAUAAUGUGCGACCAAUUAAAGCCUAUACAAUCGGUAAUCAGCUCAGGUAUCCCGUGGGUUACGGUAUGCAGUUGUAAUCCAUUGGUUGUCCUAAGUGACCAGGAUCAUCGUCUACCACCAUUAUGUUUGCCAAUAGACGGUCAACAACAACAAGAAAAAUGGUUAGAAUUAAAGAUAGAUUUAAUGAAAAAAAUAACCGAAAAUAUAGAACCGGGCAAUGAAUUAGUAGAAUAUUCCGAAUUUAUUGCAAAAUCAGAUUAUCUAACCAUUUAUGACUACCCACUGGAAUUGGAUUAUCAAGAUUUAAGACCAUUGGCCAACAAUUUCUAUCGUUUCGAUAAUUUUAUGAGAAAACAGUACAUCAAUAGCGAACCAGCGUUUGAAUUACCCGUCCAAUUGAUGGACAAACCGGGAAAAUUUAUAUACAUAUCUAUGGGAUCUAUUGGCGGUAUAGACAUCGAGAAUAUGAAACGAUUGAUUGGUAUACUAGAAAAAUCCCGAAACAAAUUCAUUGUAUCCAAAGGACUGUUAGCCGAUGAUUAUGAUUUACCAGAUAAUAUGUGGGGUCAGCCAACCGUACCCCAGACACUAGUGCUUGGUCGGGUCGAUCUGGUUAUAACACAUGGCGGUAACAAUACSGUUACUGAAUGUUUUUAUUUUGGUAAACCAAUGWURGUUAUGCCAAUGUUUUGCGAUCARUWYGAUAAUGCACAGCGUMUKGAKGAUAAAGGUUAUGGUAGACGAUUGGAUGCCUACCAGUGCUCGGAAUCGGAAUUAUUGGAAACAAUUGAUAGUCUAUUAUCCGAUAAUAAUAUGAUUGAAAAAUUGGCAAAAAUAUCUGAAAGAAUUCAAUCGGAUAAUAGUUUACGAAAAUUACCGAAACUUUUGGAAAAUUUGGUCGAAAAAAAUCGAUUAAAAUAA